AAAAAAAGAACCGCGUCUUGCGUCCAGCAGAGCCUCAGAGAGCUUGGAGCUCCACAACGAGAAAGAAAUCCACAGCCGGGCAACCACCACCAGAUUCCACAUUCAAUCCAUUCUGGCUAGACCCUGUGCUAAUCGUCGCCGUUUGGGAAUGAAAUAUGUGAUUGAAUAGUAGGAAUUCAUCGAUUUCCCAGGCAACAAACUACAUACCUACCAACCUCACUGCCUGCCCUUUAUUUUCACACUCCUUCCGCCGCCUUUCCAAACUCCCGAACAACAUGUCGAACCGAUUCGAGGUCCCCGGCGAUUCUUCGCCGCCUUCGGCUCCUUCGACGCCUGAUCGAAACUCCCGCGGAAGCUCCACUAGCUACUAUUUUGGCGAGAAUCCAUCCACCACCCCAGCGGGCCCGCCUCCUUCCUCCGCGGCAAGCUUCACACCCGCCGGAGCCCCAUCAGCGUCAUACCUUGGCAGCUCUAUCCUGCGCGGCGUGUCGGACACAUCGAAGCCACAGCAACCAAACUUCAGCAGCCUCAAUCCCGGCAGCUCAUCCAAGAACCUGUUUCCCCAGAGACGGAAUGCGCCCCUUGGACGGUCAAUCCAAGCACCCAAAUCCCACCAGCCCUCGCGCCUGAGCAAGCAAGUCGUUGUGGAUGAUGAAGAUGAUGACGAUGAUGACGAGGUGCUGCCCGACAACCGAGCUGGGACGUUUGGAAUGACGUACGACGAGAGCUACGAUGAUACCUAUGACGAGGGAGCCGAGGAAAUUGAAGGGAAGGAAGGUGCCGAUGAAGGGGGCGACGCCAUGGAAGAUGACGGGCGCUACGAUGUGGAAGAAGACCUGUGGCUAGAUAUGCAAGAAGAUGCGGCGCGCGGGACCACUAUGGCCGCCGAGGAUUCGGACCUGAUGAUGUUCACGACACCGGCCGCGAACGAGCGCGUUCGGAGAGAGGCCGAAGACAUAGCCCGGGCGUCGGCCAUGCAGUCGGUAACUCGGAGACGCGAGUACAAGUUUGCGUCGCUGGCCAAGGAUCUCUCCACCCAGAUGGGCUACGCCUCCAUCACCGAGCCACCAGAGCUUAUCCUCCGCAUCGAAGCCGAGGUUGCCCGCCUCUACGACGAUGGCGUGGGCGAAGCCGACGACGCGCAGAAGCUAGAUGAUGCCUUGGCGACCGUUGCCGGCCGCGUGGCUUCGGUCUGGAACAACUAUGCGAAUAAGCUCCCGCAGUCCGACGAGGAGCACGCCGCUGAGAUCGGCCCCGGCCCUCGCGCAUCGCCGUUCGAGAAGGCUAAUUACCUUGCCAACCUGGCUCUCCAGAUCCACCACACUCGGCUGGACGAUGAUGAGAGGUCGGCAGCGGAGCCAUUACCCGAGACGCUGUUCCGGUGGCUCUCGGACCACCACGACCUCUAUCCCAACCAAUUCGAACACAUCAACAGGCAUAAACCCAGCCCUGCCUGCCACAGCCUCUUCUGGCAGAGCGUCUUCAUCGCUCUCUUGCGGGGGAAUGUCGGGGAGGCGCGACAGCUCCUGAGCAAUGCCGGUUGGGGCCACGUCAGGAGGGGCCACCGCGGAGAAUACGCAUACACCGGCCAGGCGCUCGAUAACGUCGAGCGGGCGGUGCAGGACACGUGCAGCAUGCUGGAGAACUGCCCCGGGACGGACGGCAACUGGGAGAUAUUUGGCAGCGAUUGGACGCUCUUCCGCAUACGGGCCAGGGGCGCGCUCGAGCAGCUGCGGCGCUUCGCCGAGGGGCGGGACGGCGCGCUCGGAGACUCGACCCUGGCCGACUCGAUGCGCGGUCGCCAGUCGGUGGCCGGGCUGGCGAGGAAGGCGGAGAGCAGGGUGCCGUGGGACAUCUACGAGAACCUGAACAUUGUGUUCGAGAUAGUGCUCGGGUCGCAGGACGCGAUUCUAGAGGCCGCGCAGGACUGGUGCGAGGCGACCGUCGGCCUGUUUGGCUGGUGGGACGAGGGGAAGAGCAGCGAGAGCCUCCGCUUUUCCCGUUCGCAGAGCCUGAUCCUGCCCUCGCACCAGGCUGAGACAGAGAGCUACCUGGACCGCCUCGCCCGGGCAUUCCAGACGGCCGUCGAGUCCGACUUCCACUUCAACUCGCUGAAUCCCGUCGAGGUUGGCAUGGCCUGCGUCUUCGAGGACAACACCAAGGGCCUGGUCGGCCUGCUCCGCGCGUGGUCGCUGCCGAUUGCGACCGCCGUCGUGGAGAUUGCCUCCCUGGCUGGAUGGCUGCCCCCUCACCUGCCUUCGGGAUUGUUCGCCAUGGGAGAUCUCGACAUGGACGACCUGGAGGUACUCGGCAUGGACCCCGGGAGCCCCGACGAGGUGGACGGCAUCAAGGAUAACACCCUGAUCCAGUACGCCCAGGAGCUGGCAAACUUCAGCGAGAUGGCCACGGUCAAGGACAAGUCGGGUGCGUCCAGGAAUGGGUGGGAAUUGGCCAUCAACGUGCUCGGGCGGAUGGACUCGCCCGAGAGGUCCGAGGAGAUGGUCGCAGAGCUGGUGCAGAACCUCCUGCAGAACCUGGAUGUCGAGUCGGGACCGACCGUCGAUAAGGUCUGGCGGCUGCUCAACGAGCUCGGCAUGAUCCCUCUGGCCGAGGAGACCGCAGAGACAUAUGGCGAGGUGCUGGCUCGAGACUCGCACCGCUAUGGCGAGGCUAUGUGGUACUACGCCCUCGCUCACAGGCCGAACAAGGUCCGCGAGGUCAUGAACCUGCUCAUCUCGUACUCCCUACUCCAAUCCACGACAUACCCACCCUCGGGCGACCUGGACGACCAUCUCCGCAGGCUCCUGACGGAGCGCAACGACACGCUCAAGGAGUUCGCGACGCAGGAUCUCGAGGCGGCGGAACUCCUGGGCAAGAUGCUCAGCGGGUACGCGUCCCUGCGGCAGUUCUACGAACUCCGGGAUGGCGGCGGCGACUCAUCAUCGGGAGCGGGCGGGGGCAAAGCGAGGGGCGCGCUGGCGUGGCGGCACCAGGCGGCGGCGGCGGCGCUGACGAGCGUCAUUGCCAGCUCGGACGACAACAUCCGCGGCGGGCUGUACGACCAGACGCGCGACGCCAUCGUCAGCGAGGACUUCCUUCUGGCGCUGCUGGGCGAGGCGACCGUGUUCGUCAGCGGGCCGGACCGCGCGUUCAGCCAGGACAGGGACAGGGACUGGCACCGCGAUGCGGACCCGCCCGUGGCGGUGGCCAUGACGCUCGGGCAGAUCGAGGUGCUGCUCAAGGCGGUCGAGGACCUCGAGACGGUCGGCGGCCGCGUGUACGGGGCUUGCGACGAGUUCCUCCGGCUGGUGCUGGCGUCGGAGCCCGGGGUGCUAAAGGGCGCGACGCCGGCGGACCUGCUCAGCAGGGAGGGGACGGCCGGGGGGAGCUUCGUGCUGGCGGGGAGCUCGGUGCUGGCGGGCAGGCUGCAGAGGUCCGUCGCCGGCGGCGGGGCGGCGCUGGGGAGGGCGAGGCAGGCCAGGAGGGGGUGGGACUGGCGCGCUGGGGUGGCGGCUGGGACGACGGGAGAGGAGGUGCUCAAGGGGCUGAGGAUGGGGUUGGCUAAGGAUCUGGCUAGAUUGUGGCUGGAGGAGGCGGAUGGGAUGGUGUUUUGAGGGGUGGAAGAAUGGAUGGGGGAGCAGAAGAAACAAGAAAAGAAAAAAAACAGACAAGACAAGAAAGGGGAUAGGGGUUAAUCGGUUAAUCAUCUGUACAGAGUAGGUGUCGCCUCGGGAACAACGGUCGGAUGAAAAAGGAGAGGAAUGCGUUGCGUGAUUUGGUAGCCAUGUAACUGUAACUCUAUACCGCCCCUGAUUUGAUACCCGGCAAUGCUU